AUGGGGCAACAAGCCGCUGCAAUGCAGGUACAAGAUGCAGAGGGUCGAUUCGACAAGUUCGGCUUGUGGAACUUCCAGGGAAUCGCCUUUCAUGUUUGCAGCGCUUUUUCUCGCUUCAUGACUGCUCAAAGGAGCAACAGUGAUGCAGAGGGAAUUUGGUAUACUAGCACGUACAACAAUCCAGAAAUGCAGACUGUUAUUGCGGACUUCAGAGAGAACAUUGGAAGACUCCAAAUUUCAGAAUCUGAAGCCUCUCUGCGGUGGAUCUACUACCAUUCAAAGUUGCAGAAAGGUGACGGUGUGAUUCUGGAAGCCAGCUCGGGGCCUGAACUCGCUCAGCAUAUCAAGGAUAUCGCCAAAGAUUUGCUUUGCAAGAGACUGCGUGGUCCGUAG